AUGGACGAAUUUGAGAAAUACCUCGAGAAGGCGACUGCCAAAGGCUCGGACAUUGUGCCCGGGGCGGUGAUGGCUGUCGUCGAUAAGGAUGGCAAAUUCAUCUACAAGAAGACCGCAGGUUACAAUGGCGUCACUGAAGAUGCGGAGCCUAUGGACUUUGAUCAAACCUUCUUCAUCGCAUCCUGCACAAAGCUCAUCACUGCUAUUGCUGCCCUGCAAAGCGUUCAACACGGUUUAGUCACGCUAGAUGGACCAGUCGAUCAGUACUUACCAGAACUGGCUUCCCAGCCCAUCGUUCAGAUGGACGGCUCCGAGAUCAAAGUGCGUCCAGCCACGAAGUCCAUUACGCUGCGUCAACUUAUCACGCAUUCCAGUGGCACGACGUACGACUGGGCUUCUCCAAGUCUUUACGCGUGGAGGGCCUCACGCGGCGAACUACCCGCUCUAAUAACCGACGGCAACGUGGCUAAGAAGUAUGCCUAUCCACGGACCUUCGAAGCUGGAGAAGGCUGGGAAUACAGCGGUGGUUUCGAUUGGACCAGUUUGCUCAUCACACGUUUGACCAACAUGAGUUUCGAAGAAUAUGUCGAAAUCAACAUUGCAAAGCCUCUCGGUAUAACUUCAUUCACCUGGCAUCUCAAUCGCAAGCCCGCAGUGGAAGAAAAGCUGAUGCGCACGAGCACUCGGCAGGACGACGGUAGUCUCACAGAUGGCCCAACACCCUUUUGGUCUGGCGACCCUGUUGGAGAAGGUGGUGGAGCGGGCUUGUAUGCCAAUGUGUACGACUACACGCGCGUGCUUUCCGAUCUCCUCAAACCUUCGCCUAUCAUUCUGUCCAAAACCAUGGUCGACGCCAUGUUCAGCCCACAGUUCGCCGAAGACAGUCUCGCGGCCAAGGCACUCGUCGAUAACGCCGAGCUCGCUUAUACCUGCACGUUGGACGCCAGUAUGGAAGGCGUCAAACCGAACUUCGGACUGGGUAGUCUGUUGCUGAUGGAAGAUGUGAAUCGAGAGAACUACUUCAAGCCAAAGGGUACGUUGUGCUGGUCAGGACUUCCGAAUCUACAGUGGAGUGUCAAUCGUGAGAGGGGAAUCGCGCUGUUCUUUGCGACGCAGGUGUCACCUUGGGCAGAUCGCAAGACGUUCGAUCUUGUCGCAAGAUUUGAGACGGCUGUUUGGCGAAACCUGGAAGCAUAG